AUGAAGAAGCUGCGGGCCGGCAGUAGCCACGUCGACCCGCCGCUGCGCAUCGGGCAAAGCGCGAGCCCAGCAGUUCAGUCAGGCACGCACGCUGCACCCACGACGGCGGCCGAGCAGGCUGUGAUCGCGGCCGAGGCGGAUGGGCUCGGGCGGGUGCCGCCUGGCGGCGCGCCGGCAAAGGAGCCUGCAGAGGCGGGGGCGAUCGGCGAGGCGGCGGCGGGCGCGAGCGCCGCCGCGCUGCGCGUGGCGGAGGAACACGCCGCUCGGCUCGUGGAGCAGCCCGAGUGGGUGCUCUCCGAGGUCCUCCUCUCGCCGGACCUCGCCCCGCACAUCCUCGCCCAGCUGCCGACCAAGGAGCACGCCGUCAAGGGGACGCGCGGCGACGCCCCCUGA